GACAAUAAAAGAAAGUUAAUCGACCGAGUCCGUUGAAAAACUGGAACCUGUGAUAGAGAGAGUGAGAGAGAGAAAGAAAGAAAGAGAAAAAGAGAGAGAUAGAGAUAGAGGGAGGGAGAAAGAGAAAAAAGAGAGAAAGAGAAGAAGAGAAAGUGAAAUUCAUUUGAAAAUUCACUUGAAACGGAGAACGGUUAAAGUUUAGUGCUGAAGAAAGUUAUUAUUGAUAUUUUUGUGUUUCUCUUGUUAUUACAUAUCCAUGGAUCGAAGGAGAGUUUACAAGACCAACGUGAGUCCUCGCCCGGAGGUUGAAUUGGUCAAGAAGUCGUCCGCUCGACGAGCUCUCAUCAUUACCAUUGUUGUGGUUAUUCUUUUUGUGUUAUCACUUGUUUUUGUUAAAUUACUUCUACCUCUUCAUUUACGUCUUCCAGAUUUUGUAGAGCUUAAUAUUUUCACAGAUUCAUCAUCAUCAGAAUCAUUAGAUCAGAGUUCACCCACUGAUGAACAUUCAAAUGAAGACUCUUCCCUAAUCGUUACAACCUCUUAUGGAGCUUUACGUGGCUUCAAAGUGUCUGUUCUUCAGCGUUCCAUUGGUGUUUUCCUGGGAAUCCCAUAUGCAGCUCCUCCGAUUGGAGCCAAUCGAUUCCGUAAACCUCAACCUCUUCAAUCAUGGAAUAACAUAAGAGAUGCCACUCGAUUUGGUCCACAGUGCGUUCAAUUCAAACCAAAUCGAACGUAUACUCCUUGGAUUUCACCCGAAGAUUAUAUGUCUGAAGAUUGUUUGUACUUGAAUAUCUGGGUUCCUCUCGAAGAAAGUGGUUUUCGAAUGACUCAAUCCAUAGGAAAGCAAAAAAGAGCAUCAAUGCAGCUUCCAGUGAUGCUAUGGAUACACGGAGGAGCCUUUUUCUCAGGUUCAGCUGAUCUUUCUACCUACGAUGGACGAAUUUUAUCAUCUUUUGGAAAUGUUAUAGUUGUAACCAUCAAUUAUCGGCUUGGCGCUUUUGGUUUUCUUAAUCUAGGAACAGCAUCUGCACCAGGUAACCAGGGACUUCACGAUCAGGUUGCAGCUUUGAAAUGGGUUCAAGACAAUAUUGCUCAUUUUGGCGGGGAUCCUAAUCAAGUGACAUUGUUUGGUCAAUCAGCUGGUGCUAUAUCUGUUGGUUUACACUACAUAUCUCCCCUUUCAAGUGAUCUCUUCCGUAGAGGAAUUAUGCAAUCAGGUGCUCCAACAGUAACAAGACUUUUCUAUGAACGCGAAGGAGCUUAUGGAAGGAGAGGAUUAACUCUUGCCUCAAUGGUUGGUUGCUUACCUGAUGAUGCAGGAGCCAAUACCACUAAUACUACAUCGCCAAUAUUUUCAUCAUCUUCAACUCCCUCCAAGGAGCAACAUCAUCAUCAAAGUUUCCCUAAAACACCAGAAGUUAUAGCUGAUUGUUUGAGAUCGGUAGAUUUGAAACAAUUGACCGAAGCUCAAAACAAUCUCAUAGAUGAAAUGAGUCUCUCAUUUGGUCCAUCCUUAGGCGAUGACUUUUUACCAGCUAACCCAAUAUCUCUUAUGGAUUUAGGAGAGAUUGGUGAUCAACGAGAGGUUAUGUUAGGAUCAACACAAGAUGAGGGAACUUUCUUCCUCCAUUACUUGGAUCCCAAGUUGUUUGGUGCAACUCUUAACAAUGUCUCACAUUCCCGAAUAAUGCAAUUUGUUCGACAAUCUUUUCCAUUUUUAACACCUCGAGUUGCCUCUUUAGUUUACUCAUCUUUCCUUCCUAUCAGCGAAGACACGAGUCCAGCUGAUGUUAGGCAAAUACUUUCAGAUUUCAUAGGAGACUCGACAUUCACCUGUCCAUUGACAUUAUUUUCACAAUUAUUUGUCAAAAACGAAGGAUCUGCCUAUUUCUACGUUUUCGACCAUAAACCAUCCAAUUCUCCAUGGCCUAACUGGAUGGGAGUUCUUCACUUUGAUGAAGUUCAGUUCAUUUUUGGUGUACCUUUGAGACAACCCCACCUUUACCAAUCAGAAGAGGUUGAAUUCAGUAAAAGACUCAUGAAAACUUGGGUUUCCUUUGCCAAAAAUGGAGUUCCUGGUAAUCAAAUGGACGUUGAUUGGCCAGAAUACACACCUGAAACGCCACAUUAUGUUGAUCUUAAGCCUGUUAAUGCAACCAUUGAAAGUGGACCAAAGGAGUCGGUUUGUGCUCGAUGGCAUAUAAUGCUUCAAACGUCGUGAUAACCUUUUUUGUCAAAUCAAUGAUCAUCCAUUAAUCAUCACCACCACUCUCAUCAUCAUUGUCAUCAAAAUCACAUGCAUCCCAUGUAAAACUGUUGAAAAAAGCAGCUUAAAUCCUCGGGAAUUUAGCUUUGUAAACUUGAAAGACAUCGACUUCACCCAUUGGCUCUGUAUCAUUUAAUUGUUAACCUUUGUUAUGAUUUUGUUCAUCACUCCUUUUAGGACCGUUUAUGUUCCCUGCUUAUCCUCUUCGAUAACUUCUUAUGUCUCUCUUAUAAUCUGUUGUGAUUGAUAACCUGCUGGUUCAGGUCUUAUCAUAUUUUCCGUUGUUCCUAUCAAGUCUGUCAGUUGAUUACAGUUUCCAAUUUUACCCUUUAACCAUUUUUACUCUGUUCAACAAGUUAAAUUAAUUAUUCAAAAUGUUUCAAUUAUAUCUACUUUCACUUUACUGUUUUGGGUACCAAUACGUCAAUUAAUCAUCAUGAAUACUCAAGAUAUUCAUACAAUGGGCUUGAUUCUUGCCAUCAAUUGGAUAUAUCAUCAUCAUCAUCGCCAUUUUUUGUAUAAUUUAAUAUUUUUAAAGUAAAAUCUAAUGUACAAAGUUUCUUCGUUUCAUUGUUUUUCCAAAUUUCCAUGUAUUUUAAUAUAAAAAGCUGAUCAAGUUAAUCUAAACAAAA